CUGAAGGUGGAAGCUCCAGGUGAUGGUUCGUUUUCUGGGCUGGUUUUGAUCCUCGGUCCUCUAGGUGACUCUGUAGGUGAAGCGGCAGAUAAAAGCCGACUUUGAGGCUUUGCUUUCUGACCUUUAGGCAUCUCUAGCUUUGAACACAGCAGCCGUGGACCUUUAGAACGCUCCAGAACGCCCUCUGAUCUCUGUGUGCUUCAAAUCUCACAUUAGAGUCUUUAUUGUCGAGCUCUUUGUGAUACUCAACCGUUCAGGAGUGUGUUACAGCAGAAGGUGUUGUUGCCACAAGAAUAAAAAAUAUCUGAUCAAUUUAUGCAAACUCUGCAAGGUCAGACAUUUAUCACAUUAUUAUGGAAUAUUGAGUGACAAGAUAUAAACAACGAACACAAAGAGACACAAAAUUAGCCACAACGAGAUGCAAAGCAGCCACUAAGAGACAGAUAAUGACCACAGAGGCACAAAAAUGACAUAAAACAACCACUAAGAGAUGGAAAAAGACAGAAAAUUACCACAAAGAGACACAAAAAUGCCACGGACACGCAACACCUCCAACAAGACACAAGAACACCACAAAGAGAUGAAAAAUGACUACAGAGAGGCACAAAAUCUUCACAAAAAAGUAAAAAAAUGACCACAAAACAACCAUGAAGAAAUGCAAAAUGAUCAGAAAAAGACAACAAAACACCUGCAACAUGCCUCAAAAUUGCCACAAAACUAGGGCUGGCCCGAACAGUGGUUUCUGGCCUCCGAAUAUUCGGCCCCUAUUAAAGACGAAUAUCCGGAUAUUCGUUCCGACCGAGUGGUCGAAUAUCCGAAUAUUCGGAUACCAAAAUUAAUACUGGAUAGUGCCGUAGCGAACGAAUAUUCGGAUAUUUGGGAUAUUCGGGUCCAGCCCUACACAAAACAGCCACUUGGAAAUGCAAAAUGUCCACAUCAACACACAGCUACCACAAGGAGACACAAAAAUCCAAAUGCGAGUCUCAGUGUCCUCCUGCUACUCUAAUAACUGUCUGGAAGUCCUGUUGUUCAACAUGUCUGCUCCAUCUGAGGCUCUACCUGGAGCUUCAUAUUGAAGAUAAAGGAGGAGUCACAGGAAGGUAAAUCUGGAGGAUGCUGCUGGAGCUCUGGGAGCAGAGCACCAGGAGAACCUUCAGUCAUGACACCACAUUUUGGAAAACUGUGAAAAAAUGUCCCAACAAAGAUUAAAGACAAUAAAAAGCAGCUAAAACCUGUCAACUGAUCCAUGGGGGGUUCUGGUGUCUGAAUAAUUUCUGGAAUGAUGGACCAGUUAGAGGACAAGUUGGUGGACCGGUUAGAGGACAAGUUGGUGGACCAGUUGGUGGACCAGUUAGAGGACAAGUUGGUGGACCAGUUGGACCAGUUGGUGGACCAGUUAGAGGACCAGUUGGUGGACCAGUUAGAGGACCAGUUGGUGGACCAGUUAGAGGACCAGUUGGUGGACCAGUUAGAGGACCAGUUGGUGGACCAGUUAGAGGACCAGUUGGUGGACCAGUUAGAGGACCAGUUGGUGGACCAGUUAGAGGACCAGUUGGUGGACCAGUUAGAGGACCAGCUGGUGGACCGGUUAGAGGACAAAUUGGUGGACCGGUUAGAGGACCAGUUGGUGGACCGGUUAGAGGACCAGUUGGUGGACCAGUUAGAGGACCAGUUGGUGGACCAGUUAGAGGACCAGUUGGUGGACCAGUUAGACCAGCUGGUGGACCAGUUAGACCAGUUAGUGGACCAUUUGGUGGACCAGUUAUUGUUUCUGCUCCAUGAAGAUCCUCAGAAUUAGUCCCACUUGAGAACCGAGAGGAAACAACUGAAUGUGUGUUUA